GUGCAGACUGGAUUGUUAGUAAAUGGCCAAGAUAAGACAAAUAGUCAUCAGACUGGAUUGUUAGUAAAUGGCCAAGAUAAGACAAAUAGUCAUCAGACUGGAUUGUUAGUAUAUGGCCAAGAUAAGACAAAUAGUCAUCAGACUGGAUUGUUAGUAUAUGGCCAAGAUAAGACAAAUAGUCAUCAGACUGGAUUGUUAGUAUAUGGCCAAGAUAAGACAAAUAGUCAUCAGACUGGAUUGUUAGUAUAUGGCCAAGAUAAGACAAAUAGUCAUCAGACUGGAUUGUUAGUAUAUGGCCAAGAUAAGACAAAUAGUCAUCAGACUGGAUUGUUAGUAUAUGGCCAAGAUAAGACAAAUAGUCAUCAGACUGGAUUGUUAGUAUAUGGCCAAGAUAAGACAAAUAGUCAUCAGACUGGAUUGUUAGUAUAUGGCCAAGAUAAGACAAAUAGUCAUCAGACUGGAUUGUUAGUAUAUGGCCAAGAUAAGACAAAUAGUCAUCAGACUGGAUUGUUAGUAAAUGGCCAAGAUAAGACAAAUAGUCAUCAGACUGGAUUGUUAGUAUAUGGCCAAGAUAAGACAAAUAGUCAUCAGACUGGAUUGUUAGUAUAUGGCCAAGAUAAGACAAAUAGUCAUCAGACUGGAUUGUUAGUAAAUGGCCAAGAUAAGACAAAUAGUCAUAUAAGAGUAUAA